AUGGCAAGGUGGCACUGUUCGGCUAUCUAUGCUUCUCCAACUCACUCCAUCCGCGUCAAGCUAUGGGAUCAUCUUAUGGAUUUGAGAAACUUAAUCAUAGGACCUUGGUUGUUAUUGGGGGACUUUAAUGAGAUUAGGAGUUGCAAUGAAGUUGUUGGAGGUGAUUUUAUUUCUUCACGUGCCAAUUCUUUCUCUUUUAUGAUGGAUAAUUGCAGCGUUAUGGAUUUGGAUAUUAUCGGUGGCUUUUUCACUUGGAGGAGAAGUACUCGUUUUGGAGGUCAUUUAAGGAAAAAAUUGGAUAGAUGUUUGGCUGAUGUUGAUUGGAGGAUGGCUUUCCCAAAUUCUUUAGCUGAGUUACUCCCAGCUCAUGAUUCUGACCACAAUCCUAUUCUUGUCAGUUGUAUGAAAGCCAAUAGUAGAAGACCUAAGUCUUUUCAUUUCCAAGCAGCUUGGCUUUCUCAUCCAGAUUAUGAGCCUUUAGUUCAUACUACUUGGUGUCAUGCACAUGGUGAUGUAGUUACUAAGUUGUGUGCUAUCCAGGACACUUCCAUUCGUUUUAAUAAGGAGGUGUUUGGUAAUAUUUACAAGAAUAAAAGAUUAUUAGAGGCAAGAAUCAAGGGCGUUCACAUUCAACUCGAUUCUUGCCAAUCCUCAGACCUUGUUAAUUUUGAGAAAUUUCUUCAACAAGAGUACAAUAAAGUUUUUGGCCUCAUUCUAAAGCUACAUCUUCAUAAACAAUAUCUUCAUGAAACAUCUUCAUAA